UACGAGUCGCUGCGAGCCAACCUCACGCGAGAUUUCGCUGCUCCUGACCGAUUCAACAUGGCGCCGUAGGAACGUUGUUAUUGUUCCGUCGCUCCUGCUAGCUCUCGCUGUCCGACUAAAACUACGUAGAUAAAAAAAAGGCCGAACGCUUUCGUGCGGGCAUGAAAGGAGCAUCUGGGGAUAAUGUUAAGAUCCACCGGCUUCUUCCGAGGGAUUGACUGUCCGUUUUACGCGGAGCACAGCGAGGGCCAAGGCGGCAGGAAUGGGUGUAACAGACCGUACUGUCACUUCAGGCACAGCCAGCAGAGACGGCCGUCCUACGGAGCACCGGCAGAUGUUAAAAAGCAGAGAGACCUUCCCUCCGCACACAAAGAUCAAGGCUACGAUCCCUUCAAUCCUGAAGUAGUGAGACCGCAGGAGCAGCAGAAUGGCAAGCCGGCUGCCUCGGGCGACAUCAGUGGCGCCUUGGAGCUGGUCAACAAGGCCAUCGAGGAGGUCCGGAGUGAGGUGGAGCGGGAGAAGAGGAAGCUCUCUCGGAUUGGGGAUGAACCGUACAAUCCCAGCGAGAACGCCAGCUUGUCUUCGGGCAAGACGGACACGAGUAAAGCGGCGGGUUCGCACUUGGCCUAUGAUCCCGGGAGUUAUCAGAUCACAUCAGGAGGGUAUAAUCCCACCCCUGGCUGCAGCAAGUACACCUUGGAUUCAGACAAUCAGGGGCACAACAGCAACUCUAUGGAAUAUGUUCCCACGUCGCUGAAAAGGCCUUUGUCUCGGACACACUCGCACCAACCUCCUUCUCCUCCUCCUAGCCCAAAGCGUUCGAAUAGCACGUCCUCUUCAAAGUGCAAAUACACUGUGGAUAAUUCUAGGCCAUCCACGGACAUGGAGUACGACCCGCUGUCCAACUACUCGGCUGGAAUCGCUGUGAAAAACAAGAGGAGUGAGGGCGCUCGGCCCGUCAGGACAGAAGGCAGCAAGGCGCACAAGCUGUCGGGCUCGGAGUUUUCCGAUGAGGACUAUGUCGUAGCUGCGAAAAAGCCACGGCAGCAAAGCGUAGACACAAAAAAGUACACCUUCUCUGACUCUGAUGGGGAGAGCUCUGGGGCAGAGUAUCGCCCCACCUCGCUUAGCAAUCUGCAGCAGAGAAAAGCCGCCCACGGCUCAGACUCUUUUGGGAAGGGGAGAAAAGGGAGUGGUGAAAGUUUGCUAAAUGCACUGAUGCAGAGGAAUAAGCAGGACUCUGACACCCAGGAAAAUAUUAAAAGAAAGGACAGCCCAGAGAAAAAGAAGAAAGAGGGAGGUCAGACUAGUCAGGAGAAAAGUAGCAAGACUGAGAAACUACAUAAACUUGAAAAGGGAGCAAACAAAUCAUCCGGUAGUAAGAGUAGCGUCAGCAGCAGCAGUAAAGACAGAGGGUCGAUAAAAAGCUCAAACCAGGAUUCGGCGAAAAAGGAGAACAGGAGUCACGACAAGAAAGACGACAGGAAGAACACAGUGAAGGUUAAGAUGUCGGAUAAAAUUCGCAAGGAAAGCAGGGACGAAAAGAAGAGCGACACCAAGUUGAAAACUUUGGAUAAAGUGAAAACGGACUCGAGCAAGCAAGAUAAACAUGCAGAAAACGGCGCGAGGGAAAGCAAGAAGCCCAAAACAUCAGACAAGGAAAAGGAACAGAGCAAAUAUAAAGAGCAUCCCCACAAAAACGGGAAGCUCGAUGGUAUUAGAAGAGAAAAAGAUGCGAAAAAAGUUAGCAAAAGCGGUUCUAGCAGCAGUAAAGCGAGCCCAUCGAACAGCAAAGAUAAAGCGAGGCAAAGCGUCGGCGCUUCGAGUGUAAAGAGACAGAGUUUGAGUCUGAGCCACGCUGAUCUGUUUGGAGACGAGAGUCCGGACGAGGCCGAGCAGAUGGAGGCGGACUACGACGACGAAACCGAGGAAGUCCUGGUGAGGAAAUCUGCCGACGCCUUAAAGAGGACUCGUCUAAACAAGAGGAAAGCGUCGGAGCUGACUCCGUCCUCCUCAGAGGACGAGGGCGACCGCGACGUGGACUGCAGCAGGGCGGGCAGGGACGAGGUUCACGGCGUCAGAUUUGACCUGUCCGGUUUCCAGGACGAUCUGGACUUUGACUCGGAUCCCAUGGAGGAGUGUUUGCGGAUCUUCAAUGAAUCCAAAGACGUGAAGAAGGAAGACAAGGGAAGGCAGGCCAAGCAGCAGCACUCUAGGGACUCAGAGGAGGAGAAGAGCACAGACAGCACUUUAACCACUCUCUUCCCUGGUCAGAAGAAGAGAGUCUCCCAUUUUGUUGCCAAAGGAAAUACCGAUGCACCUUCCAGGACUGCGGUACGACCGUAUAAGAGACCCACGGCCCAGGAGAUCUGCUACCAGCGUAUGCAGAUGGCCCAACAGCAAGCGGCUCAGCUCUCUGCUUCGGUCAAAGCAGCCACACAGGCCUCAAGCCCCAGCUUCUCUGGAGAGAGGAAGAGAAUAGCGCACCGUCCUAACCCUCAGAUAGCAUCCUCCAAAACAAGUCCCGCAGACACUAAACAUGCUGCAGGUCGCGUGUUAUCCCCCAGUCACACCCUUCAGAGUGUCAAAGCUCAGACCACAGUCGGUAUUUUGUCCAAGACCUCGUCUACCGUCACGCAGAAGAGGGUGGCGCACACACCCACCCUGAAGAGUACUUCAAUGAGGCGUCCUGUCAUCCCCACCGAGUUCGGGGCCAAAGUUCCCACCAACAUCCGCCAGCGCUACCUCAACACUUUCAUCGAUGAAUGCGUCAAGUUUUGCCCAUCAGAGGACGGCGCCUUCCAAAUGGCCCUCGAUGAGGAGAAGCUGGUGUACGAGCGCAGUAGCAGUAAGAACAUCUACCUCAAUGUAGCUGUCAACACGCUAAAGAAGCUCCGGAGCAAGAGCAGCGCCAGUCCGUCUCCCGUCACCAAGGAGCCGGGGUCAGUAGCUAAAAGGAAGCCACAGUCCCACGAAGAAGUUCUGGGAGGUCGUCUUGCUGCCACAACCAGCUUCACUGUAAACAGGACGGGUAAACAGCAGGAGGAGAAACUCAUCGGAGCCACACUGUACAGGAAGAUGAAGGCGUACCUGAUGACAGAGGAGCAGCUCCAGCUGCACGGAUACCCGCGGCCGAACCCCGAGGCCGCCGGCAAGGCCGUCGUUUACAACCAGCCCGAGAAGAAGGGCGUCGCAGACCCGUUUAGCAAGAUAUGCUGUCGAUGCGGCGCAGAGUAUAAGGUCAACGUCAACGGCAGCUGCGUGCGGAAGGAGGAAUGCAGCUUUCACUGGGGACGUUUGCGCAGACACAAAGUUGCUGGAGGCUGGGAGACCAACUACAGCUGCUGUGCUGCAGCUGUGGGCGCUCCAGGCUGCCAAACGGCCAAGCAACACGUUCAGGACGGGCGUAAAGAAUCACUGGACGGCUUCGUGUCGACCUUCAGCAAACCUCUGCCUCCAGAUGGAAACGCAGGGGUGUUUGCUCUGGACUGUGAGAUGUGUUACACAAAGCAGGGUCUGGAGCUGACCAGGGUGACGGUCAUCAACUCAGAGAUGAAAGUCAUCUACGACACGUUUGUGAAACCUGAAAGCAAAGUGGUGGACUACAACACGCGGUUUUCGGGUGUAACGGCGGAGGAUCUGGAGAGCGCCGCCAUCACCCUGAGAGACGUUCAGGCCGUGCUGCUCUCCAUGUUCAGCGCUGAAUCCAUCCUGAUAGGACACAGCCUGGAGAGCGACCUGCUCGCUCUGAAACUCAUCCACAGCUCGGUUGUAGACACGGCCAUCGUGUUUCCUCACCGCCUUGGUUUGCCCUACAAGCGUGCCUUGAAGAACUUGAUGGCUGAUCACCUCAAGCGCAUCAUCCAGGACAACGUGGAGGGCCACGAUUCGAGCGAAGAUGCAACUGCCUGCAUGGAGCUGAUGAUCUGGAAGAUCAAGGAAGACGCAAAGGUCAAAAGAUGACCUCUGACCCCUCUGCUCUGUUCUUCAGUAUGAUUUCCUGCUUUCAUGCUGGUUGCAGGCGGACAGAAGUUCAGGAGGAAUGCACUUGCUCUCACUAAGAACCUGUGGUCAGAGGAUCGGGGGAGGGGGGGCAUUGAGCAGAGUUUGACAUUUUAAUCAGUAAAAGGCUGAGAGGUGAUGAUGCUGAGAGGAGCUCGUGAUGAUGCUGAGAGGAGCUCGUGAUGAUGCUGAGAGGAGCUCGU